AUGGGGGCUCUCCCGGCGCUGCUCGGGGCCGCCUUGCUGUGGGCCGGCGCCGGAGCCCUCGUCAACCUCAAGUACUCGGUGGAGGAGGAGCAGCGGGCCGGCACGGUGAUAGCCAACGUCGCCAAGGACGCCCGGGACGCCGGUUUCGUGCUGGACCCUCGGCAGCCCGCUGCCUUCCGGGUGGUCUCCAACUCAGCCCCCCACCUGGUGGAUAUCAGCCCCGGGUCGGGGCUGCUAGUGACCAAGCAGAAGAUUGACCGGGACCUGCUGUGCCGGCAGAGCCCCAAGUGCGUCAUCUCGCUGGAGGUGAUGUCCAGCUCCAUGGAGAUCUGCGUGAUCAAGCUGGAGAUCAAGGACCUCAAUGACAAUGCACCCAGCUUCCCCACGGACCAAAUCGAGCUGGAGAUCUCGGAGACGGCCAGUCCUGGCACCCGAGUGCCACUGGAGAGUGCCUACGACCCAGACUCGGGCAGCUUUGGUGUGCAGAGCUAUGAGAUCACCCCGAAUGACCUCUUUGGGCUAGAGACCAAGACCCGGGGUGAUGGGUCCCGCUUUGCUGAGCUGGUGGUGGAGAAGAGCCUGGAUCGUGAGACCCAGUCCCACUACAGCUACGUGAUCACUGCGCUGGACGGCGGUGACCCACCCAACUUUGGCACUGUGGAGCUCAGCAUCCGCGUCAUCGACUCCAAUGACAACAACCCCCUCUUUGAGGAGCCGGCCUACACCGUCAGCGUGCCUGAAAAUGCCCCACCGGGUACUCCGGUCAUCCGCCUCAAUGCCUCUGACCCAGACGAGGGCACCAAUGGCCAGGUCCUUUACUCUUUCCACAGCUACGUUUCUGAACGGGCCCGGGACCUCUUCCAAAUUGACCCCCAGAGCGGCCUGAUCACGGUGAGUGGUGCCAUUGAUUACGAGGAGGGUCACGUCUAUGAACUGGAUGUGCAGGCCAAGGACUUGGGGCCUAACUCCAUCCCUGCCCAUUGCAAAGUGACCAUCAGCGUCCAGGAUGCCAAUGACAACCCACCUCUCAUCAACCUGCUCUCCGUCAACAGCGAGUUGGUGGAGGUGAGCGAGAACGCCCCACCAGGGUACGUCAUUGCCCUGGUGCGGGUGUCAGACCGUGACUCAGGGGCCAAUGGGCGGGUGCAGUGCAAGCUCCUGGGCAACGUGCCUUUCCGGCUCCAGGAGUAUGAGAGCUUCUCCACCAUCCUUGUGGAUGGCCGUCUGGACCGGGAACAGAGGGACCAGUACAACCUCACCAUCCAGGCCAAAGACAAUGGUGUCCCCUCCUUACAGGCCACCAAGUCCUUCACUGUCAAGAUCACUGAUGAGAAUGACAACCAUCCACACUUCUCCAAGCCCUAUUACCAGGUCAUUGUGCAGGAGAACAAUACCCCGGGGGCCUACCUCCUCUCAGUCUCAGCCAGGGACCCUGACCUGGGCCUCAAUGGCAGUGUCUCCUACCAGAUUGUGCCCUCCCAAGUCAGGGACAUGCCUGUCUUCACCUAUGUCUCCAUCAACCCCAACUCUGGAGAUAUCUAUGCUUUGAGGUCCUUCAAUCAUGAACAGACAAAGUCCUUUGAGUUCAAGGUCUUGGCAAAAGAUGGGGGUAACCCCUCUCUCCAGAGCAAUGCCACCGUCAGGGUGAUUGUCCUGGACGUCAAUGACAACACUCCUGUGAUCACAGCCCCACCACUGGUCAAUGGGACCGCGGAGGUGUACAUCCCCAGGAAUGCGGGGGUUGGCUACUUGGUGACUGUGGUCAAGGCAGACGACUAUGAUGAGGGUGAAAAUGGCAGACUAUCCUAUGAAAUGGUGGAAGGAGACAGAGGUUUUUUUGAGAUAGACCAGGUCAAUGGAGAGAUAAGGACCACCAGAGCCUUUGGGGAGAAUGCAAAGACAGCCUAUGAGCUGAUCGUGGUGGCUCAUGACCAUGGAAAAACAUCUCUCUCAGCUUCUGCCUUGAUUUUGAUAUACCUGUCUCCAGCCCUGGAUGCCCAGGAGUCCAUAGGAUCUGUUAACCUUUCCCUCAUUUUCAUUAUUGCCCUGGGGUCUAUCGCAGCCAUUCUUUUUGUCACCAUGAUCUUUGUGGCAGUCAAGUGCAAAAGGGAUAACAAGGAAAUCAGGACCUACAACUGCAGAAUCGCCGAAUACUCCUACGGGCAUCAGAAGAAAUCAAGCAAGAAGAAGAAAAUCAGCAAAAACGAUAUCCGCCUGGUACCGCGGGACGUGGAAGAGACGGAUAAAAUGAACGUUGUGAGCUGCUCCUCCCUCACUUCAUCCCUCAACUACUUCGACUACCACCAGCAGACCCUGCCGCUGGGCUGCCGCCGCUCUGAGAGCACCUUCCUCAACGUGGAGAGCCAGAACAACAGGAACGCUGGCUCCAACCACAUUUACCAUCACACCUUCACGGGGCAGAGCCCCCAGCAGCCCGACCUCAUCAUCAACGGGAUGCCGCUGCCCGAGACAGAAAACUACUCCUUCGAUUCCAACUACGUGAACAGCAGAGCUCAUUUAAUAAAAAGCAGCUCCACGUUCAAGGACUUGGAAGGGAACAGUCUGAAGGACAGUGGCCACGAGGAGAGUGACCAGACAGACAGUGAGCACGACGUGCAGCGGGGCCUCUACUGCGACACGGCCGUCAACGAUGUGCUGAACACCAGCGUCCCCUCCAUGGGCUCCCAGGGUCCUGAGCAAGAUCAGAGCGAAGGAUUUCAUUGCAGGGAGGAGUGCCGCAUCCUGGGCCACUCGGACAGGUGCUGGAUGCCCCGCGGCGCUGUCCCCAGCCGCGCCAAGUCCCCCGAGCACGGCAGGAACGUCAUCGCCCUCUCCAUCGAGGCGACGGCGGUGGAUGCGGAGCCUUACGCAGACUGCAGCACAAAAAGGACCUUCGCCACCUUCGGCAAGGAGGGCGCCGAGCCCCCGGCUGAGGAGCGGCUCGCCAACCCCAAAGGCAAAAGAACGGUGGAGCCGGCCGCCGGCAGCCCCAAGGUGAGCAGUGCCGUCCGGGAGGCGGGCAAUGGCUGUGAGGCCGUCAGCCCCAUCACCUCCCCUCUCCACCUGAAAAGCCCUUUGUCCGGCAAGCCGGUGGCACCUUACGGCGCUGGGCAUUGUGCUGGGAACCGGGAACGGGAGCCCUUUGGGAACAGUGGCCCUUCCCGGCCCACGGAGGCAGAGCCCCGGGGAGCGGACAGCGAGAGCAGCGGGCAGGAGGGCAACCUGCUCCUGCAGGAACGCCGGGAAAAGGACUCGCCUGGCGCCCGGAGACUGAAAGAUAUCGUCCUCUGAGCAGCACCUGGUGAGACAAGGAGGAUGAUGAUGAUGAGGAUGAUGAUGAUGAUGAUGAUGAUGAUGAUGAUGAGGGACCGCACGACUCCCAGCGCAGAUUGUUUUUAUCGCUUACCAAUGGUUCACAGAAUUGCUGUAUUUAAAAGCUUUCCCUCAAUGUAUUGUUUAUAAAUGAAGCUAUCGUUCGUGUGACAAUCCCACUUGUCUCAACUGGCGGCAGGGGUGUGCAGCCAGAGCAAAGUAGCUGGUGUUGGGCUUUUGCUGGGAGGUGGUGGGUGGCGGGGGGCAGAGGGGAGGACCCCCCCUUCCUCCCCGGGUCCUCAGAAGCGCUUGCUAUCCCCUCCCUGGAGUUUAUAUAUUUUUAUAUCUCAAAACCAAGAGAAAUUUCCGUUCCCGGAAAUAAUUGAAUGGCAAAUUCUUUAUUCGGACAUCUUUAGUAAUCGCCCCGGUGGUUUUGUAAUCUAGACAAAAUAGCGACCAUUCCUUGUGUGUGACUGUCCAAAAAUGACAGUCAGGCAAGUUUUAGUACUUGCCCAUCACAAGGAGUUUGUAUUUUAAGAUGUUGCUGUUUUGCUAUGGACACCCCUGCAUUUAUGAAUCCUUUUGCUGUCACAUGCUUAUCUGUACUAUUACUGUAUUUGAUAUUGCAAAUUACUGUAUGUUUUGUGAUGGCAAAAGGCUUUCAAGCUUAAAAAAAAAAAAAAAAAGAAAAAAAAAGAAAAAAAGAAAGAAAAAAAAAAAUCACAAUCAUCUUACUUAAACUUUGGGGAAUCUGCAGUUUUUGGACCCAGUAGAGCAAGUGCUUCUUCCAGCCCCCACCAUUGCCUGCAGCCUCCCCAGCUCUGGCAGGGCAGUGACAGGGAAUUACUGGAAGAUGUUUUGGGGAAAAUUCUGCCUGGAUUGCAACUGUCGGAUGCACUGUGCUGAAAUUUUUUCCGUAUCCAUCUCUUUUGCAUAAUUUCAAGGCAAUGCAUGGAAAGGUUUUCCAGAAGUUGGUUGUCUUGGUUUUUUUUUUUUUUCCCCAGAUUUAGAUAACCCCCGUCUCCAAUCAUUAGCAAAUCAAAGUGAUGGAAUUAUUUAAGAGAUCUAAAUUACCUUCUCAAUUAGACACAUACUUCCAAGUCAGCAUUUUUCAGACAUGAUUAUGCCAAGUAUGUGUGUGGACGUAUGUCAUCACGGCAUGGAUUUUAGACUGUUCUGAUUUCUUUUCUAUCCCUGCAUCAUAAAAUAAGUAUGGAAUGAGCAAUAGUGAUGUUAAUUUAGGGGCAGACAGGUGAUAUGUAACAACGCUACUAAUUCAAUUAAUGUGCCUUCUUAAUGGAGAAAAAAUUAAAGCAAUUCAUUAUUUUUUCUCAUAAUUAAGGACUUUUUUGUGUGGGUACAAAUUUACUCAUAUAAAAUUGAUUUAAAAAUUGAGCUACUUUAAUAGCCAUUCUGUAGAAGGGAGAGAGGGAAGGGGUUUCAAAGCUCUCUGCUCUCUUGCAGUGAUAAUUCCUCAGUGAGGUAUGAGUAAGGUAGGAGGAUUUCAGUGAGUGUAUUAUAAUUUUUUAUUUUUAUUAUUAUUAUUAACCCUUCACCGUACAGAUUUUCCUACCCUAAAUGUUUCCUAGAAUUUAAAAAUUAUUAUGGAAGGGAAAAUAUAUAGCUCUUGCCAAUGUUUGCUGUACCAGCAAGUUGAAAUUAGUGGUUUCUAGAGAAAUAGUCUUUCUAGGUCUACAUAUCAUGAUAAAAUAUUUGUUACUUUGAUUUAUUUAAAUUAAAAACGUCAACAAGGAAACAAGCUCCAGUCAUUAUUGUCCUCAAAAUAAAAUUAAGCUCCAGAUACUUCUUUCUUCAGGGCAAAUUGAUCUUGCCUGAUGCUGUAGCUGGUCCACAAUAAGUCUGUUCCCCCUGCCACUUUCUAGGGCCAGGAAUUGGGAAAGAACCAAUAAAAAAUGGUUUUCUAACAAAACUGGUGACACUUCCCUCGUUGCUGUUGAUGACUACCUCAUUCAGCUCCCAUCCCACGUGUUAACCUGAUGUCCUCCAUUACUCUGGAAAGUGAACCAGGGAUUUUCCCACCUCUUCUGGAGUUCGAGCCCAUUUUUCAGGGAUAUGUUAUUUCUAUUCCAGAGGUGUUUCCUGCCUGCGUACUGUUAGUGCUGUCAUUUAUUUCUGCUUUUCUUUUUUUGUUUUUUUCCCCAAAUACGUGUAUUACUGUAAUGCAAGUAAAGAAGAAAGUGGCUGGCUUGGGGCUGUUAGAGUAACUGGAUUUUCUGUAACUGUUAGGCUUGGUUUAUUCUGAUGUUACCUGUUUUUGUCAGCUUUACGUUUUUUUGGAGGGGAAGCUUCUUAUCUAUGGUUGCUGAGCAAAAGAGCCUGUGACGUCCCGUUUGUCAGAUCCUCUUGGCUUUGCAAGGCAAUGGCCCCACCUCACCCCAUCAUCUGCCCCCUACAUCCAGCGGGAUGGGACCUUUCUUCCCUCACUGCCCAUUGCAGAGAUAAGAGUGAGUUUCCCUACCCCCCUGCCCUGGGCAUUCCAUCAUCAUCCCCAGCCACCCGGAAAGCACCAGCCCUUAAUUUCUGCUGAGCGUUGCCCUCUGCCUGCAGAGCUGCCACCACCAGCCCAGCGUUUUGGAUGAAAAAUA